GAGAGAGAGAGAGAGAGAGAGAGAGAGUGAGAGAGAGAAGCCCAGUUUCACCGCAGGACAGUACAGUAGUGCCGUCAUUUCUCUACCCUGGUCUCCAAGACAGUUUCACUCACAUUUUAAAGGCGAUUCUCACCACAAUACCUAUUUGAUAUGAAAGAAAUGGGAGCGAGCUUCUAUACUAUACUGUAGGUAAAAACAUGUUUUUGUUUUACUCAGAAUUUCUGAAUGACGUUUUCAAGGCUGAAUGAAAAUUAGAAUUGCAACCCUAUACACAGUUUUAUGAACAUUGCAAUUGAAUUGGACUUCUCCAAACUAUCUAUAAUGUGAUUGGCUGUGCCAGUAGGAGGAUCCACCUUACGCUCGGAUGUUUAGAUGCAGCCGCAAUGUCACUGGCUGUGCCUGUGUGAAGAUCCCUCUGCUAUUGGUUGUUUCCAUGAAGUCUGAGCUGUCACUGGCUGUCUUUGUGUGAGGUUCCUGCGUUCUAUUGGGUGUCCCGAGGUAUCUGCAAUGUCAUUGGUCAUUGACGAGACAGUGGGGGACCUCCCAGUGAAAGACGUGGGACUGCAACCCAACGUCAUCUCUGCAGUUCAAGACGCUGUUCACAAUGUAAAAACUUGGAGGAAACCACAGGUUUUAAAAAUGAGAGAGUCGGAUGUGAAGGCCCGUCAGCGUGUGUCUAAAGUGACCCGCGAGGCCCUGGAGGAUCACUUCCUGCGUCAGCAUGAGGAGAACCUGCUUCUGAAACAACACGUCCGCAGACAGGAGGAGAAAAGCAAGAGGAUGGCUACAAAGCUGCUGCGCCUGUCCAGUGGAGCUGGACUCCCAGUCAGGGACUGUGAACUGGAGGACAUGGUGGAGGAGCUACAGGACCGUGUCAGUUCACUGGAGCAACAGAAGGAGGCGCUACGCUGCAAACUGAGUGUGGCUCGCCAGCUGCUGCAGAUCCAGGGGGGCCGGCAGCACUCCCCAUACAGUCACGUCCCCUCACGUAUCAACAUGGGGCACAGCAGCACACACAAAGGUCUGAGAGUUCAGGGCUCUAAUAUGGGGGUCAGGAGGUCGACACAAACUGCCCCGCCUAGAUGCGGACCCAACGCGCUGGACGAAGCGAGAGCUGAAAUCGAAAGACUAGCCACGAUCAGCGAGGCCCAGAAUUCAAAGAUGGCUGAGCUGGAACAGACAGCUCAGCUCCUGAAGGAGACUAUGAGAUCCAAGGAAUCUGCAAUUGAAGACACGCUGUACCAGCUGAGGAACCAACAAGCAGAGGAGCACAGGGUGACUAUCAGGGAGAAUGUGGAUCUGAUCAGACUGCAGAAACAGCUGUCAGGCAAGAGCACUGCCCUACUGGUAAUGCAAGAGAAAUGCAAGGCACUGCAGGAGGUAUAUGAAACCCAACUGGAAGAGAGUCAGAAAGCCCUGAAACUGAGCCACAAUUCUUUACUGGAGAAAGUUGAGGAACUCACAGAACAGCUCAAAGAAGAAACCCAGAGGAAUAUAACACUGGAGAAUCAACUUGAGACUGCCAGCAUCUCACAGCGAGCACUGGAGGAGUUUCAGGAGAGAAUCACUGACCUGGAGAAUGAGAAGGCUCUGCUUAAACAAGACUAUGACAAGCUGCUGGAAAGCACUCUUGACCUGGACACUCAGAGGAGCUGGCGGGAGGGGGAGGCUGCACUGAGGAAGGAGGUGUGCAGACUGGAAGACGCUCUCCACACCGAGCUGUCAGAGAAGAGACAGGCCCUGGAGCAGAGGGAACGCGAGAGAGAGAUCAGUGAAUCGUUGCGAGAGAGACACUUGUCACUAGAACAGGAAAUCCUGCAGCAGAGAGAGGAAAUGACAUCACUGCAGCUGAAACUGGACUUCAUUACUAAGGAAUGUGACCUGAGUUUAGAAGACCUCAGUGAGACGCUCAUGCAAAUAAAGACAUUCCGACUACAGAGAGCUAACGAGCAGCUAGACUCCCUACAGAAAGAGGAGGGUUCUGGGAAGGGGGAGGAACUUUCACGUUCUUUUAGGGAGCUCCAGGCCUCCCACGCAGAGACGAUCCUGGAGCUGGAGAAAACCAGGGACAUGCUGAUCCUGCAACACAAGAUCAACAAGGACUAUCAGACGGAGCUACAGGCAGUGAUGAGGAAUGUGGAGGCUGAUAAGGAGGAGAGUAAGAGGAAGCAGGAGCAGAGCACUCGGCUGCUGGAGCUCAGAGCAAACCGGAUCCACACUGUGGAGGCCCAGCUAAAGGACAUUGCCUACGGCUCCCGACACCUCAGACCCAAACUGGACAUACCAACUGGAACAAGCGGGGGUGACCUGGAAGAUACCAUCUCGCUCCGGUGGGGAGAGAACCUGUUCGAACUCCACGUGGGCGGGGCUUACUUCACUCCAGAGGAGCUGAGGAUCAUGGGAGAUGAUGACCCCAUGACUUUCUGCACAUACGCCUUUUACGAUUUUGAAACCCAGGCCACGCCCGUGGUGCGAGGGACCCAGCCGGUGUAUAACUUCACCUCCCAGUACCCCGUAUCAAUGGAGGAGCCCUUCCUGCAGUACCUCCGCAGGGCCUCGGCCAGGCUGGAGGUGCACCAGGUCUGUGGGACCGACUUUAUCACCCUUGCCGCCGGCCAGAUCAGCUUGUCAGAGGUGCUGGGGGGAAGGACAGACAGGGUCCACGGCACUGCCACCCUGACAGGUUCUCGGGGUCAGAGCUGUGGGAUACUGGAGUACUGGCUGCGUCUGGGGAUCCCUGUGGAACGCACAGUGAGACUGCACCAGGACAGGAUGACAGCGCUGGGAUACCUGUCCUCCCACAGAGACAGGCUGCAGGAAAGCCGCUCCCUGUCCUCCCAGCAUGUCCUGGGGGAUGGCAGCGGAGGGAUCUCAUGCGAGCUGGAGGUGUGCGUGGAGAGCUGCAGCGGGCUGAGCGCUCGCUGGCCGGGACUACUUCCGGACGCCUAUGUGGUGUACAAGCUCUACGACCUGCCGGACCACGACUCUCCCAUCAUCCCUUGCAGUGCCGACCCUGUCUUCAGAAACCAGGCAACCUUCCACCUUCCCAUGACCUUCGACCUCCAGAGAUACCUGAGGUUCGAGUCGCUGUGGAUCUACAUUUUCGACGACGCAGACUCUGAGCAGACAGCAUACCUGGGCAAGGCCAGCGUGCCCCUCAUCUCUCUUGCACUGGGCAAGGACGUCAGAGGUGAUUUUAUUCUGCGAGACCCCGCUGGUCGACCCAAUGGCUCAAUCAAGGUGUGUCUGAGCUGGAAGUCCCCAUACCAGCCACCAGGGACAGCGCUGAGGCAGGCAGCAGAGACCAUAGAGCAGCUGCUAGAGAGGGAGAGAGAGCCCAGUGUGGGAGCACCACCACGGCACACACCCAUCGCCAAGCCCCGGGUGAGAGCACAGCCAGGGCACACACCCAUCGCCAAGCCCAGGAGAAAGCUAGUGUCCAGUCUGGCUCAAGCCCCGCCCAGACUAAUGACUCAGACAGAGAAAAACAUUCAGAACACCACAGCCAAACAGCAGGCUCGUCCCCCCCCAGCCCGCACUGUACCCCCCCAGCACCCACCCGCUCACCGCAGGAAGAAGCUACGCCUGGCCAUGCCACCCAGCCCCCCCGACACUGUGAGAGGAGAGCAGGAGGAGGAGAGGGGAGUGGCAGAGGAUGCCAUGGAGGAAGAGGAAGCAGGACAGGCAGUGGAGUCAGAGUAUUCUGGGAGGAGCGAGGAAGCCCAUGUUUCUGAGGAAGUAGAAAGUGAAGUUUCAGCUCAGGAAGAGGCGUGUGAUGUCACUGCAGAGUCCAGCGAAACACAGAGCACUGACAGUGAUGUCAUUGUUAUAUCCCCUCCCCGGCCAACCCAACAGGGGUCAGAGCGUGUGCGCGUGGAGAUCCUGUCCCUGACCUUCGACCCCCAGUCUCCGGUUGCGCUGGACGAGGGGGUGCAGAGGGUGUACGUGGAGUACAGGCUGCUGGGGGUCCCCAUGGAGAUGACUGAGACCCCCAUAUCACUGAGGACCCCCAGAGAGGGGGAGGAGGUGCAUUACAACUUCACACGAGUGAUCUACGUUGACAGGACUGUGAACUCAGCACUGCGGCAGUACCUCUAUACCAUGCUAGAGGGCACUGACCCCAACCAGGGCAGGUUAAAGUUCACAGUGGUGAGUGAGCCAAUGAAUGAACAGGAAGAGGAGUGUGUGGACGUUGGCCAUGCCUACCUUGACCUCACAGAGAUUCUGCGGACAGGAAAUGAUGUCAUCGAGCAGCAGAUUGACAUUGUCAGUGUGGGAAACCCAGACGAGUCGAUCGGGAAACUCAAAGUGUCUCUGGAAGCAGCCAAGACCUUGUGCAGCAUCUACUGGGAGUUUAAAAACCUCUGCAAGGAGGAGGAAGAGGAGCUCGACUGAGCGAGCCAGGCUUCUGUGGAGUUCUGCAGUGAAGCGCACAGCUCAGCUCAACCCCUGUUGUCAGGACAGUUGUUUUGUUAUUCUAAGUAUUUGUUCUCUUGCCCACAAGAGAGGAUCUGAGAAUGUAAACAGCAAUUGCUCUACAGACUGUAUUUAGUCUGUCAAAUUCAGUUUUGGUCACCUCAUUGCAUACAUCAUUGCACUCGAGAAGGUGAACUAGGUUGAUCCCAGGACUUAAUGACAUGAGCCAUGAGGCCAGAUUAUAAGAAAUAAAUCUCUUCAGUCUAGAAAAUAAUAAGGGAAAGUUCAAAGUCUCUACAAUCCUAAAUGGUCUUGAUAAAGUUAACCCAAGACACAAUUUCAAAUGUAGACAGAACAAAAGGGCACAAAUGGAAGCUGAGUAAAAGUAAGUUUAGAACAAUAGGUAGGAAACCCCCUCUCUUUUUCAUACAAGGGUGAUAAAAUGCAUGGAAUAGCCUAGCAGGUGAUGUAGUACGAUCUAAAACACUGGGAACAUGAAAAAAAAAGAGUGCUAACAAGGGAUGUGCCCUGAUGGGCUGAACAGCCUUUUCUCGUGUUCUUAUUUAUCACCAGACAAAUACACAUUAAACUGGUGGAAACCAAAAAUAACUGGAGUGUUGGGGAUAACAUUGGGGUGAGCUGGAGUCGGACAAACAACUCAGAGCAGUUACUUCAGGAGACAUGGCUACAGGAUUUUUGAGAAGCAGAAUCCUGCUUAGUUAUUGUGAGAUCUGAGCCGAUUACAAUCCCAGAGGAGGAGCUGACUAGGCCUGACCCUGCUGCGCAUCUUUGAGAGCCAAGCCGUGAACUAUAGAAAUCAUUGGUUACCAAGUCAAUACAAUAAAAUGCUUACAAUAAUACAAAA